AGGAAAAGUUACCUCUGUCUACUAUCCUUCACUAAACACGGUGCAAGGAGAGCAAUUUAGGGAAAGUUUUUUCACUUUUAGACCCGUGAAUCUGUGUGUUUACUAUCGUGUGUUGUGUUUUUCAUGUUACUGAGACAGUUUUCCAGCGUUAUUACGUAAAUCCGUUGGGCGCAGAACAUCACAAAGGAAUUCGAAAAACACAUCAGGAAGCAGCUCAUCUGGAUUUCCAAUGUCUAGAUUAAACUCUCAUGGGGCGACGGGGCUACGGAACAUCAACCUGGAAGAGAUAUGGGCCGACCUGGAGGGUGGCAUAAAACAGGUGUACAAACAGGAGCAAAGCCUGAGCCCCGCCCGUUAUAUGCAGCUCUACACACAUGUCUAUAACUACUGUACUAGCGUUCAUCAGCAGCCGACUAGCCGGCAGACUGCAUCGAAGAUUUCCAAGAAGGGAACGGCGAUUCCUUCCGGCGGAGCUCAGCUCGUCGGUCAGGAGUUGUACAAGAGAUUGAAGGAGUUUCUCGAAUGCUAUCUGAUCAAGCUGCAGGAAAAUGGCAUCGAUCUGAUGGACGAGGAAGUUCUGAGCUUCUACACGAAGCGAUGGGAAGAGUACCAGUUUUCGAGCAAAGUGUUGAACGGUGUGUGUGCCUAUCUGAACCGCCACUGGGUAAAGCGUGAGUGCGAAGAGGGUCGUAAGGACGUUUACGAAAUAUAUCAGCUGGCACUGGUCACGUGGCGUGGAAACCUGUUCAAGCAGCUGAACAAGCAGGUCACCAACGCGGUCCUGAAGCUGAUCGAACGGGAGCGCAACGGCGAAACCAUCAACUCUCGUUUGGUUUCCGGUGUGAUUAACUGUUACGUAGAGUUGGGACUGAACGAGGAGGAUCCUAAUGCGAAGGGACAAAACCUUUCUGUGUACAAGGAAAGUUUCGAGAACAUUUUCCUGGAGGAUACUGAAAUGUUCUAUACUCGCGAAAGCGCGGAAUUCCUACGGGAAAAUCCAGUAACCGAGUACAUGAAACGUGUGGAGUUACGACUGAACGAGGAGCAAAAACGUGUACAGGUGUACUUGCACGAAAGCACCCAGGACCGAUUGGCCAAGACGUGUGAACGAGUUCUCAUUCAGAAACACUUGGAACAGUUCCGGACGGAGUUCCAAAAUUUGCUCGAUUCGGACAAGAAUUCCGAUCUGCGCCGCAUGUAUUCGUUGGUGGCCCGUAUUACGGAGGGUCUGGUGGAAUUGAAGGCGAUUCUGGAGACCCACAUCCACAAUCAAGGCCUGGCCGCGAUCGCCAAGUGUGGCGAGGCUGCAUUAAAUGAUCCCAAAAUUUACGUCCAAACCAUUCUGGAAGUUCACAAGAAGUACAACGCACUGGUACUUACCGCGUUCAACAAUGACAGUGGUUUUGUGGCAGCUCUGGAUAAGGCAUGCGGUAAAUUCAUCAACACAAAUGCCGUUACGGAGGCCAGUAAGAGUGCCAGCAAGAGCCCGGAGCUGUUGGCCAAGUAUUGUGAUUUGUUGCUGAAGAAGUCCAGCAAAAACCCCGAGGAAGCCGAACUGGAGGACACACUGAAUCAAGUGAUGGUGGUCUUCAAGUAUAUCGAAGACAAGGAUGUAUUCCAGAAGUUCUACAGCAAGAUGCUGGCCAAGCGUCUCUGCCAUCACAUGUCCGCUAGCGACGAUGCCGAAGCUUCGAUGAUUUCCAAACUGAAGCAGGCCUGCGGGUUCGAGUACACCAGCAAGCUCCAACGGAUGUUCCAGGACAUUGGCGUUUCGAAGGAUCUCAACGAACAGUACAAGCAGCACGUCAAGGGACUGCGCGACGCCACCAGGCAACAGACUGGCAAUGAAAUCGAUUUUAGUAUACUGGUGCUUUCCAGCGGCUCCUGGCCGUUCAAUCAGAGUUUCACAUUUUCGCUUCCAUUUGAGCUGGAACAAUCUGUACAUCGGUUUAACAACUUCUACGCCAAACAACAUUCCGGACGAAAGCUCAACUGGUUGUACAACAUGUGUCGCGGUGAGCUCAUCACAAACUACUUCCGAAUGCGGUACACUCUACAGGCCAGUACGUUCCAGAUGGCCGUUUUGCUACAAUUCAACGAACAAGAAUCGUGGACUAUUCAGCAGUUGAGUGAGAAUACCGGUAUCAAUCACGAAAAUCUGAUCCAGGUGCUGCAGAUUCUUCUCAAGACAAAACUUCUACAGUCUUACGACGAUGAAGCCAACCUCCAACCUGCCUCUGCUGUGGAACUGAAUCAGGGAUUCAAAAACAAAAAACUCCGCAUCAACAUCAACUUCCCACUUAAGACAGAACUGAAGGUAGAGCAGGAGGCGACCCAUAAACACAUCGAAGAGGAUCGCAAGAUUCUGAUACAGGCAGCGAUUGUGCGGAUCAUGAAAAUGCGCAAGGCUCUGAACCACACCCACCUUGUUGGAGAAGUGCUAAAUCAGCUGUCGACACGUUUCAAGCCCAAGGUCCAGGUGAUCAAGAAAUGCAUUGAUAUUCUGAUAGAGAAGGAAUAUCUCGAACGUCAGGAAGGACAGAAAGACACGUAUAGCUAUUUAGCUUGAUCAUUUUCCGGAAUACUCUUCGUAGCUAUCUAAACAACUUCUUAAGUAUAGUAUCGAAUGUAGAAAAAAAAAUCUGUUGAAAUACACUCACAAAAAUGUGAAAUUUUCAUUGCUGUUCUGUGGAUUCAUAGCUAAAUUAUCAGGGAAUUCAUGUUGAUAGAAUUUCUUGAAACAACUAUGCCAAUUCAACGACAGAAAUAGUGUUUGCGUUUUGCAGCUUAGAUUUGUUUUUGUAUUAUUUAUACGUAUUUAGUGCACGGGUUAAUCUCUCUCUUUCUCAUAAAAAAAGGAUUUUUCGUUCCUACUAAGAAUCAAAAUGUAUAGAUUCACAUUUAGCCGGACAAUUUCAAAUCUUACACAAAAGAGAAUCUAGCGAAAUUUUGUUAUACCUUUUUUUUAUUUUACUGACAACCGAAUUAAUACAAGUGUUGCAAAUGUUUCAAAAAAAAACGUCACGAAUCUAUCAUAGGACGAAGCGCAAACACUUGUAUGUAACCAUCAAUUUUAGAACUGUUAGACGUAGAUUUUCAUGCUUGAUUUGUACAUAGUGCAGCAUGAAUUCAAUUUGAUUCGCUGCCUAGCUGUUCAUUUCGACCAUGAAAUGCAGAAUAUUACUGACGCAAACUGAACGACUGGAAAAAAUAUGUCUAGAAUUCAGCAAAAAUACCUGACUUGAAAUCAUUAAAAGGAAUACGUUUAAAUUAAACAACCAUUCAGUCCAGCCAAGAAGAAAUGUGAAACUGCAAAUAGAGAUGUUUAUGAAAUAAAAUUCCAACAUGUGUAAAUAAG